CGUAGCGAGGGGGCGGAGCCCGGAAGGGAGCAGGAUGGCGGCUGUGCACAGUGACAGCGACGAGGACCUGGUCAGCUAUGGGACCGGCCUGGAACUUCUGGAGGAAGGUGAAAGACCAAAGAAACCCACCCCUCUUCAGGAGCAGACUGUCAGAGAUGAGAAAGGAAGGUAUAAGCGCUUUCACGGCGCCUUCAGUGGCGGCUUCUCUGCAGGCUACUUCAAUACGGUCGGCUCGAAGGAAGGAUGGACGCCCUCUACCUUCGUGUCUUCAAGACAGAACAGGGCGGACAAAUCUGCUCUUGGGCCUGAAGAUUUCAUGGAUGAAGAGGAUCUUAGUGAAUUCGGAAUUGCGCCUAAAGCAAUUGUUACCACAGAUGAUUUUGCUUCCAAAACCAAAGACAGAAUACGGGAGAAAGCCAGGCAGCUGGCAGCUGCUGCAGCCCCUAUUCCUGGGGCGACACUGCUGGAUGACCUCAUCGCACCAGCCAAGUUGUCUGUUGGCUUCGAACUGCUAAGAAAGAUGGGUUGGAAGGAAGGACAAGGAGUCGGUCCUCGAGUGAAAAGAAAGCCGCGCCGACAGAAGCCGGAUCCUGGUGUUAAGAUCUAUGGCUGUGCGUUGCCGCCUGGAGGCUCUGAAGGGUCCGAGGAUGAACAGGAUGACUACUUGCCCGACAGUGUGACUUUUGCUCCUAAAGACGUCAUGCCUGUGGAUUUUACACCUAAAGAUAACGUACACGGGCUGGCCUACCAGGGCCUGGACCCCCGCCAAGCUCUGUUCGGCACUCCAGGAGAACACUUUAAUCUUUUUGGUGGAGCAUCCGAGGGGACCAGCCAUCUUCUUGGAGACGUUGGACUGAGUAAAGGAAGAAAAUUGGGCAUUUCUGGUCAGGCUUUCGGUGUGGGUGCCCUGGAAGAGGAAGACGAUGACAUCUACGCCACAGAGACUCUAUCCAAGUAUGACACUGUGCUGAAGGACGAGGAGCCUGGGGACGGCCUCUAUGGCUGGACAGCUCCCAAACAGUACAGAAACCAGAAAGAAGCAGAGAGAGAUCUCCGAUAUGUUGGCAAAAUUCUGGAAGGAUUUUCGUUGGCUUCUAAACCUUUAUCUUCAAAGAAGAUGUACCCACCCCCUCAGCUGCCCAGAGACUACCGGCCAGUGCACUAUUUCAGACCCGUGGUCGCCCCGACGUCCGAGAAUGCUCACUUACUUCAGGUGUUGUCGGAGUCGGCUGGGAAAGCGGGAGCAGACGUGGCGGCUGCGCACAGUAGGCACCAGCUGAACGCCUCCAAGCGCGGGGAGUUGCUGGGAGAGGCGCCUGUUCAAGGGCCAGCUACCUCAGUGUUGGAGUUUCUGUCCCAAAAAGACAAAGAAAGAAUCAAAGAAACGAAGCAGGCAACGGACCUGAAAGCGGCGCAAGCCAAGGCCAGGAGUCUGGCCCAGAGCGCUGCAGGCAACAGAGAGCAGGUCUCCACACCGGGCCCCAGCCACAGCUCAUGGCACCUGGCCCUGGGCGCCGGGACAGCCAGCCCACGAGCCAGCAACUUCAAGCCUUUUGCCAAAGACCCAGAAAAGCAGAGACGAUAUGAAGAGUACUUGACGCACAUGAAGAAGGGUCAGAAAGAUGCUCUGGACCGGUGCCUGGACCCCAGCAUGACUGAGUGGGAGCGGAGCCGAGAGCGGGAAGAGUUUGCUCGCGCAGCCCAGCUGUAUGUGUCAUCCAACUCUACCCUGUCCUCCAGGUUCACGCACGCCAAAGAGGAGGAUGACUCAGACCAGGUGGAAGUUCCUCGGGACCAAGAGAAUGACGUCAGUGACAAGCAGUCGGCUGUGAAGAUGAAGAUGUUUGGGAAACUCACCCGAGACACGUUUGAGUGGCACCCGGACAAGCUUCUGUGUAAGAGGUUCAACGUCCCCGACCCGUAUCCAGGCUCAACCAUAGUCGGCUUACCCAGAGUAAAGCGGGACAAAUACUCCGUCUUCAACUUCCUGACCCUCCCAGAGCCAGCCCCUCUGCCCGCUGCUCCAGGACCCAGUGAAAAAGCCCCGCAGCAACAGCAACGGGCUCCGGACAAAUCCAGGAAGCCAUCACGAUGGGACACAUCCAAACAGGAGAAGAAAGAGGAUUCUAUUAGUGAGUUUUUAAGUCAGGCUAGAUCAAAAGUUGGACCACCGAGACAAGAGUCCAGCGCCCUAGGAAACAAAGAGCAGAUUCCGGAGCCACGUCCGGAGCCACGCCUGGAGCCACGCCCAGACAAGACUGAAGACAAAGAUGUGGCCGCACAGGCGGGUGGGGAAGGGGGCCGCCCUUCCAUGGAUUUAUUCAAAGCCAUCUUUGCCAGUUCCUCUGAUGAAAAGUCCUCCUCCUCAGAGGAAGAACAAGAUGACAGCGAGGAAAGUCAAGAGCACGCUGAGGAGGCCAGCUCUAAGCAUUCCCAGGAGGCAGCUGUGGAGGAGACUUCUGUGGCCCAUGCUGCCGAGCCGGAGCCGCGUGAGCCAGCAGCCCCCUUCCCCAUCCAAAAGGUGCACAUCGAUGAACGAGAGGAGUUUGGGCCUCGGCUGCCUCCCGUCUUCUGUCCCAAUACGCGCCAGACGCUCGACAUACCUCACAAAGCAAAACCUAAGAAGAGCAAAGACAAACACAAGAGCAAGAAGGAGCACAGAAGGCGGAGAGAGAAGAAAAAGAAACACAAGAAGCACAAACACAAAAGUAAACAAAAAAACAAGAAACCAGAAAAAAGUAGCAGUUCUGAGAGCACGGACAGCAGCGACAGCGGGAGCGAGGAAGGAGGGACUGCAGACCUGUCCCCCCAGGAGCUGCUGAGGCGACUCAAGUGUCUCCCGCUAAGGAGGCAGUAACGGAGCCCUGCCCUGGCCCAUCUCAGACUGGAGUGUCCAUGACAGAAGAGCAUUGAUUUCCCCAGCUCAUACAUUGUACAGACUGUAUUUAUAUGUAAAUUCCUGCUGUAAAAUAAUUUUUUAAACCUUGACAUUUCAAAGGCUGCCCUGAAAGGUUGCAGAAAUUGACUUCUAUUUUUAACUUAAUUUCAUGUUAGAGGGUAAAAAGACUGAGCAGUUUAAUUAAAGUGGCAGUUUUUUUUUUCUAUGUGC